AUGGCAAUACAAUCGAAAUUUGAAUUAGAAAGAUACCAAUAUGGUAUUGAUAUACGUAAAACACAUCAUAUCUAUAGAAAAGAUGAUAAAAUAAUUUCUUUUGGUGAAUGGAUACGACGAAGAAAAGAUCGAUGUAUUAUUGUUGAAAUGAUUACCGAUAUAGGCAAACAUGAAGCUUUCUUUUAUCAGGAAUUGAAUGGUCAUGAUCAUAUUAUUCGAACAUUUGGUUCUAUUGAAAAUAAUCUUAAUCAAAUAAUAUACGUGCAAGAAUAUGCACAACAAAAUGAUUUAUCUGGAUUAUUAUUUGAUACUCAUUUAUCACAAAUAGUAUUAAUUGAAAUAUUUUUACAGAUUGCUAAUGCAAUGAGUUUUAUUGCUAGUAAAUCAAUUGUACAUGGUGAUUUAGGUUGUCGAAAUGUUCUUGUAUUUAAAUUAGAUCCAAAUCAACCAAAAAAUAAUUUAGUUAAAAUAACUGACUUUGGUCUUGCACGUUCACUUAAGAUUUCAUCUAUAUCGAACAAUUCUUCUAUUAUUCCAAAACGAUACUGUGCAUUAGAAAUACUUCGAAAUAAUGAUCAAUCAAGUUAUACAGAAAAAUCCGAUGUUUAUUCAAUGGGUGUUUUAAUAUGGGAAGCUUUAUCAAAUAGUGAAAUUCCUUAUUCAUAUAUUGCUGAUGAUAAUCAAGUUGUAAGAGCAAAAUUAGAUAAUGAAAGAUUAAAUAAACCGCUUAUUUGUGAUCGUCAACUUUGGACUCUUAUGACAUCUUGUUGGGAAGAUGAACGAGAAUGGCGACCAAAUUUUGAAGAAAUUAAAGAAAGAUUAUCUGUCAUUAAACCGUCGGAAGUCUCAGAUAUUCGAGAACCAAUUUCAUUGUAUGAGUAA